GGUCAUUUUCUACACAACUCGCAUCAUUAACGCAGCUCCUCACCACCACAGACCUUCCCAUCUUGCCUCGUUGCGCCUCCCGCCUAACUCCCGCCUGCCGACAGCGGGCGCUCCCGCCGCCAUUUUGAGGCCGGGCGGGGAGCGGAGCCCAGCACGCCGCCAUGGACGCAGAUGAUACAGGAAAUCGACUUAGGUUCCAGUUGGAGUUGGAGUUUGUUCAGUGCCUAGCAAAUCCCAAUUACCUCAACUUUCUUGCACAAAGAGGAUACUUCAAAGACAAAGCUUUUGUAAACUAUCUUAAAUAUUUACUGUAUUGGAAAGAACCUGAAUAUGCAAAAUACUUGAAGUAUCCUCAGUGUUUGCAUAUGUUAGAGCUGCUCCAGUAUGAGCACUUUCGCAAAGAACUGGUAAAUGCUCAGUGUGCCAAGUUUAUUGAUGAGCAGCAGAUCCUUCACUGGCAGCACUAUUCACGGAAGAGAAUGCGCCUCCAGCAAGCACUAGCAGAGCAGCAACAGAACACCUCUGUGAAAUGAAAAGCACUUGGAAGAGUGAUGAUAAAAUGUACUUUGCAUUAAUUCAAGUAUUUACAAGAAAGGAACAAAGUCUUUUGUAGGUUUUGCCACGUGUAUGCUUUGAAGUUUUGAUUUGUCUGGUGACUUUGUCUUGUAGCAACUUGUAACAUUUUUACAAGAGAAGCCUGAAACACCUACUUCUGCAGUUUCUUAUGUGGGAUGGGCAAUCUUGUUAAAAGUAUUAUUUCUGGUAUUGGUUCCUUUUGAAAACCAAACCUCCUUUUUGAGGGCACUGACAUUGCUGCAUCAACAAAAAGUGUCAUUCAGAAGACUCUCCAGCGAGAGAGAACAUGUCUCCAAAUGUGACUAAGACGUACUGCUUUUUAAGAGCAAAGUGAUUAUGGUUGUUGCACAAAAUUAAUUUGUAAUUUUUUCCCUGGAAACAGAGAUGAGCUAUUACUUGUCCAUUCUGUUUAGCUGGGGUUUUUUGAUGGGGGGUCGGUGGGCAGAGGUAAUUUAGACUUCUCUUGAUAAUGUUAUUUGAGAGACAAAAAAUGCAGUGUGAAGAGAUAAGGACUUGCAGAGUGGAGCAGAAAUAAGUAAUGACAAACUUUUAUAGCACAGAUGGAGCAAUGCCAUGUUUGUUUCCUGGGUUCUGGUACAAAGGUGGUGUAAAUGCUUGCAAAACUGGAGAAGCAUUAUGUGUUCUUGUGUAGCUGUUGUUUUUUUCUGUAAGGAUGAAGAUCAUGGUAGCUGUGAGGGAUUUCAUUUUCAUAUUUUAGAUUGUGCUCAUGCUGUAUUCACCUGUUUCAUAUUCCUGUAGGAGUAGGUGCAGCAGUGCAGUCAGUGACAUGGAAACUGCUAGCCCUCAGCUCACCAUACCUGCUGCUAAACAGAUAAGCUGCUAAACAUUGUUGGUGUUGAAAAUUUAGCUUAAAAGCUUCAGCAGCUGCAUAAAAUUAGCUUCAGGAAGAAAAAGUAUUUUUUUCUGGUCUUCUACCUGCUCCUCUCUGUACCUCCCCCUCCUCCGCUAUUAAAGGUUAAACUUAGUCA